AUGGGCGUUCGAGGGCUAUGGCAGAUGAUUUCUCACACAGCCGAGCGCAAGACCCUGCUCUCCCUUGCCAUUGAGCACAAGGCACAGGCCGACGCACAAAACAAUGGACACGGUGACCAUAGGCUACGUCUCGGCGUUGAUAUGGGUCCGUGCAUCGCUGACUGCAUCGGCACUACACGGAAACCUGGGGUAUACAACCAACUCCCGGGAGUUUUUCUGGUGUUCAUUUUUGAUGGACCCAACCGGCCUGCCUUCAAACGAGGCCACGAAGUCUGCGCUGACCAGAAGCCAUGGUGGCUCGAGGACACGAAGGACUUGAUCCGAUAUUUUGGAUUUCAAGUCCAUCAGGCACCUGGCAAAGGGGAAGCGGAGCUGGCAAGACUCAAUCAAGAAGGCUACAUCGACGGUGUCAUCACGAGCGACGUCGACGCGAUUGUCUUCGGAGCCAAUCUAGUGCUUCGAACCUCAGUGGUCAUCAUUCAAAUCAUGAAUAGCAUUUGGAACAAGGAGAAGAACUUCGAUGACGAAUAUGAGGUGUACACAUCAGCUGCCCUCGCAGAUGCCGGCUUCCCGCACGGAAGCUUUGAACUCUUUGCAUUGCUAUCUGGUGGUGACUACAGUGCAGGUGUAAUGGAUUGCGGCCCUGCCAUUGCUCAGGCCAUGGGGGAUGCCUUCAACAAAUUCCUUGUGGAAUGGCGGGUCGCUAUGCAAGACGAACUCAGGACAAACUCCCUAGGCCAGAUGAGUAGCCACCAGCCACAUGUUGCCGACAAUAUCCUCGACGAUUUUCCUGACCGAGAAGUACUCAACCUCUACCUUUGUCCUGCUACCUCCUGGUCAGAGCCACCCCAUUAUCAGGCUCCUGAUACGACAUCGUGGAUGUCACGCGAGGUAUCCAUCUUCAACCUCGCCCAAUUUUGCCAGCCGCUGUCCGUGUUCGAUGCGAGCAGUCGUUCAAUCUGGACACCGACAGCGCAUGUCGAGAUUCUCAACGCCUCCAUGGAGGUGCGGCGGGACCGCUAUGCCUCCACUGUCAACGAUGGCCGGCAGCCAAAGCUUACCGUAUCAACUUCCAACCUUGUCUCUUUGAUGAGCAGCAAUUUCAUUGGAAAAGACACUGACGUUAUCAAGAUGUGGGUCCCGGCACCCCUCCUGCCACCUAAUCUUCUUGUUUUGGGCCCUGCUUCCCGAACAGGAGGAACAUCUGCAAGUCAUAGUGGUCAAAAAACCAACAGGAUAUGCAAACACCGAUCCGGAGGGACAAAGAAAGCUUCGUUGCCUCAGAAGCGUUGCCAAAAGCAUCUGAACCAGAACCCCAAGGGCGAAGGCCCGUCUACGCAAACCCUUGACUCCCUUGUAUCAGAAGUCAUUGAGAUUGAGUCUUCGGAUGACAACGAUGACGCUGCUGAUCUUGGUGACCUGAAGGUUGAUGCGCUCAUGGCUGAUGAAGAAUUGCAUAACUGGUUAGAUGUUGGUCGAACGACAGGCAAUCAGAGCAACCGCGAUAGUGUCAUCGAUCUCACCCUCGAUGAAGGCGAAGAUGACAUUAUUGAUUUAACAGGAGAUGACUGA